CCUGUCUCUGUCUCUCUCUGCAACUACCGUACCGUGGACGAGGGGACAAGGAAGAAUCACCCCAAGAGAUUCACGUCAUUUCCCUCCAUUUUCACCUCCGUCGUUCGUCGCCGCCGCUCUUUGAAUCCACAGGGUCGCCGCCGCCGCUUGUUCCAAUCGAUCGCAUUCGAAAUUGGACACUACCCGACCCGGAAGGCCCUAGUCCGCGCUCUGCGUCGAUAGAACUGGAACGGGGAUGGGCGAGACCAAGCGAAAAAGGGGCCGAAAAUCGGAAUCCGAAUCCAAAACGGCCGCCGCCACUGCCGAAGCCGCCGACUUUCGCCCCGCCCUCGACGAGAAACUCCCCGUCGGGAACGCGGAGAUGAUCGAGCCAGCCAGCAGCGCCGCCGGGCGCCGCCGCGGAGGCAGGAAACGCCACAAGGCGUCGGAGAAACCCGAAGCUUCCUCGCCGGCCAUCAUGCCCGCGCGGAGCGUCCCCCGCGGCAUCGAGAGCGGCGACUUCGCUUUGACCCCAGGCGAUUUGCUGCGGCGCGCAGUGGCGGCCGAGAUGGCAGAGGAGGCUGGGGCGAGGGUGCUCCCGGCGAUGGACUCGGUGGUGAAAGUGUUCUGUGUGCACACGGAGCCGAAUUUCUCGCUCCCGUGGCAGAUGAAGAGGCAAUACAGCAGUAACAGCAGUGGAUUUGUGAUUAAGGGGAGGAGAGUAUUGACGAAUGCUCAUUCGGUGGAGCAUUACACGCAAGUGAAGGUGAAGAAGCGGGGGUCUGAUACCAAGUAUGUGGCCAAGGUGUUGGCAAUUGGGACUGAAUGUGACAUUGCUAUGCUUUCGGUUGAUGAUGAUGACUUUUGGGAAGGAGUGUCAUCUGUGGAGUUUGGUGAUUUGCCUGCACUUCAGGAUGCUGUGACUGUUGUCGGCUAUCCUGUUGGCGGAGACACAGUAUCUGUGACUAGUGGUGUGGUAUCACGUAUCGAGAUCUUGUCAUAUGUCCAUGGUUCUACUGAGCUGCUCGGACUGCAGAUUGAUGCAGCUAUAAAUUCUGGCAAUUCGGGUGGCCCUGCCUUUAAUAAUAAGGGCAAUUGUGUGGGUAUUGCGUUUCAGUCCCUUAAACAAGAAGAUGUGGAGAACAUUGGUUAUGUCAUACCAACACCAGUAAUCAUGCAUUUUAUUAGAGACUAUGGGAAGAAUGGAGCAUAUACGGGUUUUCCUAUUUUUGGGAUUGAGUGGCAGAAGAUGGAAAAUCCCGAUUUACGUAUGGCAAUGAGCAUGAAUGCUGAUCAAAAGGGUGUGCGCAUUAAAAGAGUUGAUCCUACCUCUCCAGAAUCUGCAGUCCUGAAGCCAUCAGAUAUCAUUCUCAGCUUCGAUGGGGUUGAUAUUGCCAAUGAUGGAACUGUACCUUCUCGUCAUGGAGAGCGUAUUGGCUUCAGUUACCUUGUCUCGCAGAAGUACACAGGGGAUAAUUCAGUGAUCAAAGUCCUGCGCGAUUCCAAAAUCUAUACAUUUAAUGUGAAACUUGCUACUCACAAGAGGGUCAUCCCAUUGCACAAUGAAGGCAGGCCGCCCUCCUACUAUAUAAUUGCUGGAUUCGUUUUUAGCACCGUCUCUGUUCCAUAUCUUCGUUCUGAGUAUAAGGAUGAAUCUGAAACUCCCGUGAAGCUGUUGGACAAACUCUUGCAUUCAAUGCCACAAUCACCGGGUGAGCAGCUUGUUGUGGUUUCUCAGGUGCUGGCGGCUGAUAUCAACAUUGGGUACGAAGGCAUUGUAAACACUCAGGUUCUUGCUUUCAAUGGUAAACCUGUGGAAAACUUGAAGAGCUUAGCCAGCAUGGUGGAGAACUGCAAGGAAGAAUUUCUGAAAUUUGAUCUGGAAUACCAACAGAUUGUAGUUCUUCGAACAGAGACUGCAAAAGCAGCUACCCUGGAUAUACUCAAAACCCACUGCAUACCGUCAGCGAUGUCUGAUGAUCUGAAGAGCUGAAGCCCAUAAUAUGGUUGCAUGAUAUUGUUUUUGUGUGUCUAGGGUAAAUCGCACUGCUUCUGUUUUGGGGAGCUGUGAACCGAUAGCAGAGAAAGGGUCAGGUCUUAUACGUUCCUCUUUGAUAGUAGGAAAUUGUUUUUCAUUUUUUCUGGAUUACUUACUGUAGGAGACAUUUCUGGAUGGGGAUGGGAUGGUAGCAUGAUUUCUUAUUGUGCUGCAGAACCAUAGGAUGCAUUUUAGCUUAUUUAUCUCCACCUUUGUGAUUGUUUCAUUCUUGUGUCCAGAUGUACACUGCCCACUGUUAAGAGAAUUCUCCAACAUGAUGGGUGACUAUGCUUCUAUAACUUUGCUUAUUCUUUUAUGAGGGAUCCGUUGCUUCU